AUGACAAUUACUCGCAACUGGUGGAAAACCUCCACCGUUUAUCAGAUUUGGCCAGCUUCUUAUAAGGACUCUAAUGGUGAUGGAAUUGGUGAUAUUAAAGGUAUUAUCUCAACUUUGGACUAUCUCAGAGACUUGGGGGUUGAUGUUAUUUGGUGUAGUCCGAUGUACGACUCACCACAGGAUGACAUGGGUUACGACGUUAGAGACUAUGAAAAGGUAUAUCCAAAAUAUGGUACAAACGACGAUAUGCAGUUACUUAUUGACGAGUGUCACAGUCGUGGUAUGAAAUUGAUUUUGGACUUGGUUAUUAACCACACUUCAAGUGAGCACGUAUGGUUCAAGGAAUCGAGAUCCUCCAAGACAAAUCCAAAAAGAGAUUGGUAUAUUUGGAAACCACCCAAAUACGAUGAAGAAGGCAACAGACGCCCACCCAACAAUUGGGCAUCUUACUUCUCUGGUUCUGCUUGGGAGUACGAUGAGCGCACAGAUGAGUACUACUUGAGACUUUUUGCCAGUUCCCAGCCAGACCUAAAUUGGGAAAAUGAAGAGACCAGAAAUGCCAUCUACGAAUCUGCAGUGAAGUUUUGGUUGGACAAAGGCGUAGAUGGGUUCAGAAUCGACACUGCUGGUUUAUACUCUAAGGUUCAAACUUUUCCAGAUACUCCGAUCAUCUUUCCAGAGGAAGAAUUUCAAUCGAGUAAGUUGUACAGUCAGAAUGGUCCCCGUAUUCAUGAGUUUCACAAGGAAAUGUACUCAAAGGUCACAAGUAAAUAUGAUGCAAUGACAGUUGGCGAAGUUGGUCAUUGUUCUCGCGAAGACGCCUUGAAGUACGUAAGUGCUAAAGAGCAUGAAAUGAACAUGAUGUUUCUUUUCAAUAAAGUGUGGGUCGGAUGUGACAGAAACGAUCGUUGGAAAUUUGAUGGUUGGAAAUUGACCGAUUUUAAGAAGGCCGUUGAAAUAGAUUGUGAUUUCAUUGCUGGGACAGAUGCUUGGUCAACCGUUUUCAUUGAAAAUCAUGACCUUCCCAGAUGUGUUACUAGAUUUGGAGACAAAAAACAUCGUUCCCAAGCUGCUAAGUUACUCUCAAUUUUAGGUACUACAUUGACUGGUACACUCUUUAUCUAUCAGGGCCAAGAAAUUGCCAUGGAAAACUUGCCAAGAGAUUGGUCAAUUGAUGAAUAUAAAGACAUCAAUACAAUCAACAGAUACAAGGAGUUCAAGGAUAAAUAUGGAAAUGAUCCUGAUUUCAAGGAAAAAGAGGAAAAGUUGAUGGAUAUAAUUAAUCUAUUGGCUAGAGAUAAUAGCAGAUCCCCAGUUCAAUGGGAUGCAUCUCCAAACGCUGGAUUUACCACAGGAAUUCCAUGGACAAGAGUCAAUGAGAACUAUACCACAAUCAACGUUGAAAGUCAAAUUAGAGAUCCAAAUUCUGUUUUAAACUUCUACAAGAAGUCUAUUCAAAUUAGAAAAAGUUAUCAAGACUUGCUCAUUUUUGGAGAUAUGAAGAUCUUAGAUUAUGAAAAUCAAAAGACCUUUACCUACCUAAAGUUGAACGAGAAUGCUUUAUCGCCAAAAGCUUAUAUUGUCUUGAAUUUCUCCAAUGAAGAAGUCAACUUUGAAAAGUUGAUUAAUGGUGAUUUUGAACUAGUUCUCAGUAAUGUAGAUGUUAUCAAUGAACAGAAAUUGUCUCCAUUUGAAGCACGUCUUUACAUUGUUGAUUAA